CCGAGGGGGAGCAGGAGGAAGGGGCUCCAGCGGCUGCCUUUGCCUGACAGUUCCUUUCUGGUUGCUGGGAGGCCUCCAAUUCUCGGGCUUGAAGAAGCGAAGAACCAGAGAGACAAAAUGCAGUGGGCCUCUCUCCUGCUGCUGGCAGGGCUCUGCUCCCUCUCCCGGGCCCAGUAUGACGAAGACCCCCACUGGUGGUUCCACUACCUCCGCAGCCAGCAGUCCACCUACUAUGAUCCCUAUGACCCUUACCCUUAUGAGCCCUAUGAGCCUUACCCCUACGGGGUGGAGGAAGGUCCAGCCUAUGCCUACGGCUCUCCACCCCCACCAGAGCCCCGCGACUGCCCCCAGGAGUGUGACUGCCCACCCAACUUCCCCACAGCCAUGUACUGUGACAACCGCAACCUCAAGUACCUGCCCUUCGUCCCCUCUCGCAUGAAGUAUGUAUACUUCCAGAACAACCAGAUCUCCUCCAUCCAGGAAGGUGUCUUUGACAAUGCGACUGGGCUGCUCUGGAUUGCUCUCCAUGGCAACCAGAUCACCAGUGAUAAGGUGGGCAGGAAGGUCUUCUCCAAGCUGAAGCACCUGGAGAGGCUGUACCUGGACCACAACAACCUGACCCGGGUGCCCGGCCCACUGCCUCGAUCCCUGAGGGAGCUCCAUCUCGACCACAACCAGAUCUCAAGGGUCCCCAACAAUGCUUUGGAGGGUCUGGAGAACCUUACAGCCUUGUAUCUCCAACACAACGAGAUCCAGGAAGUGGGCAGUGCGAUGAAGGGCCUCCGGUCACUGAUCUUGCUGGACCUGAGUUACAACCACCUUCGAAAGGUGCCUGACGGACUGCCCUCAGCCCUUGAGCAGCUGUACCUGGAGCACAAUAACGUCUACUCCGUCCCUGACAGCUAUUUCCGGGGCUCACCCAAGCUGCUGUAUGUGCGGCUGUCUCACAACAGUCUUACCAACAAUGGCCUGGCCUCCAACACCUUCAAUUCCAGCAGCAUCCUUGAGCUCGACCUCUCCUACAACCAGCUGCAGAAGAUCCCCCCCGUCAAUACCAACCUGGAGAACCUUUACCUCCAAGGCAAUAGGAUCAAUGAGUUCUCCAUCAGCAGCUUCUGCACCGUGGUGGACGUCAUGAAUUUCUCCAAGCUGCAGGUGCUGCGCCUGGACGGGAACGAGAUCAAGCGCAGCGCCAUGCCCGCGGACGCGCCCCUCUGCCUGCGCCUCGCCAGCCUCAUCGAGAUCUGAGCGGCCCUCGCGCGGGCGCGGCCCACAGCCCCCACCCCACUGCAUUUGGCUUGAUACUUUGGUUUGGCUUUUGCUGGAAGGUCUGGGACAGAUCAUGUGACAGAAGUCCACGGGCUCCCUCCACAGGCUUCUUCCCUGUAGGCGGGCUUAGGUGGGAUGCGGGGACAGGCAGCUUCUGCUGAGGGACACGACCGAAGCGCUCUUUUCCAGACAGAUGUGGUGGCAGAGGGAGUAAUCCUUGGAGGUCCCAACCCCAGAAAUCUCACUGCCCACUGAUCUGGUGUCGUGAACUUUAAAAGUUGCUCGGGCAAUAAUACGUCCUUGUACUUUUCCAACCACCCCUGACUCUCUGUGAGCAGCGCUGGACAGCCCUCUCGUGCGGGCUGGUAGUGCAGAUGGUCGAGGCUCCCACUGCUGCUCCUCAGAAUAUACCUCUUGCCCAACAGCCUCCUCCUAAGUCCACCUCCGCACUGUCUCGCUCCACAACGCUUAAGCCUUAGACAGAAGCAGGAGACCCCAGGCAUGUUCUCUGCCCAGCAGCCUAUGCAGAGAACUCGUACUUGUGUCUGAGGUUGGAAGCACACCAAGAGUCACCUCUAUGCCUCCCUAACCUCUCCUCUUGAAAACCGCCAGAUUGGGGGUCACCAGUAUGAUGACAAUAUUCAGGGCCUGAUGGGGGAGGAGGCAACCAACCUCAGGCGUAGAUAAAUGUAUGGAGCUAUAUUUUAGCAUUUGGGCAGUUCUUUGAAAAUGGCUCAGGCUUCAAAAGAGGAAAGCCCAGACUUUGCUGAUCAUCAGCAUCCGUAGUGGGGCAAACCACCCCCAAUCAGCUAACCUGAGGAAGCAGCUCCAGGUUUCAUUCUCGUCCAGCACUCUCUGCAUUCCCAGCAGCUCCUACUUGGGUCUUUAUCCUCAAAGGCAGAGGCCAUGUGGUUCUCAAAGCAUGAGGAAGGUAGCUUGUCCUCUCCUCCCAGCAGAAAUGCCCACAUCCUGAUAGGAGAGACAGACUCCAGCCAGCCCUGGGCUUGCCUGCUAGCCCAAAGGAGGAGGCUGUGGUUCUUCUUAUUAAUUGAUUUGUCCUAAGGCCACAGUUAAAAGUACCAGCUCUGGCCGGAGAUGCUCACUGGGCCUGUGAAGCCCAGGCCAGGCAGCCACAUCUUGCCUGCACUGAGUAGGAAACCUUCUGCUUUCACAUCUCUGAGCUACGCCCUCAUCACUGAAGAUGCCUGUUGCUUUACAGUUUGGCUGCAGAACAAUUAAUUCUUCCCAUUUCUGAAGGUAUUGUUGCCUGGGGCACAACCCACCUGCUCCAGUGGGACAGAGCCAGGGGCAGGGACCGGUUGAGGAGAGCGAGCCCUUGUCUGGUCCCUGCCCAGAUGCUGUCACGUCCCGGAUACUGGGUAUGCUUUGAGGCAGCUUCCCUGAGAAGCGAAGUAGGGGAUCCUUGGACUAUGUUCUUGGCUCCAGACCCUGAAAUCCACAAAAGCCAAACCAGCUCAUUCAACAAGGGAGCUCUGACGCGAGGGGCAGGGCCAGCCGCCCCAGCCCCAGGGCUCUUCCAAAAGCAUCUGCAUGUGGACGCCAUCAUGCCUCUAUAAAGGAUCCUGAUUACAGGAAAAGCAUGCAUGGUGGCCUACGACCAAUAAAGUUAUUUUACGAUUGCA